AUCAGUUUUGUUUUCAUCCCGUGCUGUGGUGGCGUCUGUUUUGCUGAUCCGGCCGAAAAUUCGGAAUUGUUUUCAAUAGUUUUCCCACUAAAUUGGACGAAUUGUAUGUGAGCUGUUCGUUCCGACCAUGGCCCAAAGCAAGACGGACCUGUUGGCCGUUCUGGCUGUGCUGAAAAAGUACAAUUUGAAGGGGACGGAAGAUUUGCUGAAGAAGGAGGCCAGUUUGUCGGACAUUCCGGAGAAUGCUGCCGGUGAAGCGGAUGUGAACAGUGUGCUGGCGGCGUACAAGAGUGAGGGUGAUCCGGAUAUUUACGAGAAUUCUUACAUGGAUUUGCGGAGGUUUGUGGAGGAAUCGUUGGACAUUUACCGGCACGAGUUGGGGUUGAUUUUGUAUCCGGUGGUGGUGCACAUGUACAUCGAGUUGGUUUACAACGGGCACGAGGAGCAGGCGAAGAAGUUUAUCAGCAAGUUUGGUCCGGAGCAGGAGUAUUACUACCAGGACGAGCUGGCCAAGCUGGCGAUGAUAACGAAGAAGGACCAGAUGAGUGGGAAUGACCUGACGGAUACGUUCAAGUCGAACUCGUUUACGAUUCGGAUCUCGCGUGACACACUUUCGCUGCUGAAGCGGCAUCUGCACGAGAAGAAGGCGUCGGUGAUUUUGAACAUCGUCAACGAGCAUCUUUACUUUGAUCUGUAUGAGGGAGUUGCGCGGAACAAGGCUCAAUGUGAUGCGACGACGGGGGCCAUGGUGGGGGAGGCGCGGCGCACGGAAAAUAAAGUUAAGGUUUAUUAUGGGUUGCUGAAGGAGCCGGACGUGCAAACGCUGGUGCAAGCUCCACCGGAGGAGGACGACGACAUGGAUCCGGACGCGCCGGAUAAGCCGAAGAAGAAGAAGCCGAAAAAAGAUCCGCUGUUUUCGAAAAAGUCCAAAACCGACCCAAACGCACCGCCUUUGGAUCGGAUUCCACUACCGAAGUUGAAGGACGUGGACAAGAUGGAAAAGAUCAAAGCACUUCGGGAGUCCUCGAAGCGGGUCAACCUGGGACCGGACUGUCUUCCUUCUGUUUGUAUGUACACGCUGCUUAACGCGAACUACACCGUCACUUGCGCCGAUAUCUGCGAGGACUCGAGCCUGAUUGCGAUCGGCUUUUCGGAUUCCUCAAUCAAAGUUUGGUCACUUUCGCCGGUGAAGCUGCGCGAGAUGAAGGGCGCUGACCUGCUGAAGGAAAUUGACCGCGAUGCGGACGACGUGCUGAUCCGGAUGUUGGACGAUCGCAAGGCGGAGACCAGCCGGGUGCUGCACGGCCACAGCGGCCCGGUGUACAGGACGGCGUUCGCCCCCGAUCGGACCAUGAUGCUGUCCUGCUCGGAGGAUUGCACCAUUCGACUGUGGUCGCUGCACACGUGGACCUGCGUGGUCGUCUACAAGGGUCACCAGUUCCCGGUUUGGGACGUUCGUUUCUCUCCCCACGGACACUACUUCCUAAGCUGUUCGCACGACAAAUCGGCCCGUCUCUGGUCCACCGAUUCCCACCAGCCGUUGCGCAUCUUCGCCGGCCACCUCUCAGACGUGGACGUUUGCAUUUUCCACCCCAACUCGAACUACGUCGCGACCGGCUCGAGCGAUCGUACCGUGCGCCUGUGGGACGUCCCCACCGGGAAUCACCUCCGUCUAAUGACCGGCCACAAGGCCCCCAUCCAUUCACUUGCAUUCUCCAUCUGCGGACGCUACCUGGCCACCGGUUCGGCCGACUGUCGCGUACUCAUCUGGGACCUGGCCCACGGCCAUCUGCUCGCAGCCCUCACCGGCCACUCCGCGUCGGUUCACGCGCUCUGCUUCAGCCGCGAUGGAACCGUCCUCGCCACCGGAGGCCUCGACUGCUGCCUCAAGCUGUGGGACUUUAGCAAGCUGUGCGAGGACAUCAGCGGGGAGAACGUGAACGUGUCGCACAAUCCGGACGUGCGCGACGGCGAGCCGUACCUGAUGCGGUCGUUCCCCACUAAGCAAACGCCGUUCCUAACGUUGCACUUUACGCGGCGUAAUUUGCUGCUCGGCGUCGGGAUGUUCGAGGGUUCGGCGACUUGAGGUGAGUGAGGGGGAACAUAUUUCAAAACGUAAAUGAUUUAUGAAAUUUUAGAUACGCAUAAGCACUAUAUUUCCGGUAUUUUAUCGGUUGAAUAAAAGUAUUCCACCGCA